GACGAUGGCAAACCGGAUGUUCCUGUGUAUUCAAUGGAGCCACAAUGGAAAAGUCUGCCACCACCAGUUACAACACUCCACAGAUCUCUGCGGUUCUCAGGCUGAGCCAUGACAGAACUGCAUACUUCUGUGAAGUGACCAGCUAAUGGCUCCACCAGUGGCAUUCACAGAGGAGAGAGAACCCCAGGCUUCCAGAUUGAACAAACCAGACGGGACAGUUUCACCAGCUCCAACAUGUACAGCUGCUAAAUCCAGCCAGUCAAUGGAUCCACCAGUGACCCUAAGACUCAUGACAGGUUUGAGUAAGAGGAAGCUCAGAGCAGUGAAGUCCUGUCUGACCUGCUCCACGACUUACUGUGAAACCCACGUGAAGCAGCACUACACAGUAGCAGCUCUGCAGAGACACACGCUGGUGAAGGCGACUGGAGAGCUGGAACAGAGGCUCUGCAAGCUGCACCACAGAGCUCUGGAGGUCUUCUGCAAAACUGACCAGACCUUCAUAUGUUUUAUAUGCACAAUGGAGGAGCAUGAAUAGCAUGAUACUGUCCUGGCCAAGAAUGAAGAGUCUCCUGUUCAGGUGGGUCGUUGAACAUGUAGUCAGCCACAAGCAGAUGACUGAAGUGCAAAUUAGGCCCAAUCCUAUUUCUUAUUUUUACCCCUAACACUUGUUUUCAAGUGUAACCCUACCCCUUGAAACUGACGGGGUAGUGGUCGAAAUCUUGCCCUAUGAAAUGAGACAACCGUAACCGACAAGAACCGUAAACACCAUCAGUUGUCCUCACCGACUUUUACGUAAACAGACGAGACGAGGUUUCCCGGCCAUUUCCAAUAUGCCGCAUCCAGCUGUGGUGAUCUCUUUAAAAUAGCCUGGAAAAAUAAUCAGGACAUGUUUUCCUGCUGUGUCUCCAGACUACAGCAAUAAUGGUAUAUCACACUGACAUUUGCCGUUUAUCUGAAGGAGACAGAAAAGCACAGGUGCUCCGAUUCAUUCACGUCAGUUUUACGCAUCAAUCAAUCAAAUGAGUCACAGAAUAAAAAAAGAGCACAAA